UCAGUCUCUCCUACUACCAUUUUGGUUUUCCUCAUCUUCAGCCAAAUGUUUAUUUUAUCCAAAAAUAGUUUAUGCUUGGAUCCAAACUUACUCUUAUUGUCUUUGCACCAUAAAAGAUAAUAUCCAAUCAAAAGAUUUAUCAGAAAUAUUUCUAUAUAUGUAUACUCAACAAGGUUGAAGCAAUUAAUAUAAUAUGGUUAUCAUUAAAAUUUUCCUCUGACGACGACAAUGUUGGCUUGUUUUGCCUCUUUCCGUUGAUAUAAGCCGGGCCUUCUUCCAUAAAAAAUGCCUCCUUUUAUCGUUGGCCAUUUGCUUCAGGUAAGGCUCAUCCAAAGUCAUCACCUUCGAGUGCCGCCCUUGUACUGAUUGCGAUCCAUGGCGUCCGAAUCGAAAGAGGCAAAGCUGACGCUCUACUCCUACUGGCGGAGCUCGUGCGCGCACCGAAUCCGGAUCGUCCUCCAUCUCAAAGGAUUGGAGUAUGAGUACAAGGCUGUGAACCUUCUAAAAGACGAGCAAUCGAAUCCAGAAUUUGUGAAGAUCAAUCCAGUUAAAUAUGUUCCGGCUCUGGUGGAUGGGGAUACAGUGGUUUCUGACUCGUUUGCCAUCGCAUUGUAUUUAGAAGACAAGUAUCCUCAACAUCCACUCCUGCCACAAGAUCUCAAAAAGAAGGCCCUCAAUCUCCAGGUAGCAAGUAUUGUGAGUUCAAGUAUCCAGCCUCUUCAGAAUCUUCCUGUGCUUAGUUGGAUAGAGUCAAAGUUCAAUCCUGAUGAGAAACUUAAAUGGGCUCAGCACCAUAUCAAUAAAGGCUUCACAGCCCUUGAGAAACUGUUAAAAGACCAUGCUGGAAAAUAUGCUACAGGAGAUGAAGUCCAACUGGCAGAUGUCUUUCUGGAGCCUCAGAUCUAUGCAGGGUCAAAGCGUUUCCAAGUUGACAUGUCUCCUUAUCCUACUCUUGCCAGACUCCAUGAAGCAUACACUGAGCUGCCUGCAUUCCAAGCUGCACUACCUGAAAGACAGCCAGAUGCGCCUUCCUCAUCCUAAAAGUCACAAAAAAGAUGGGACUUGUCUAAUGGGUUAUCAACAGUAAAAGGAAAUCCAGCCAGUGGAUGCUGCGCUCUCUCUGUUGUGUUUAUGUUACUAUUGCGUUUCUAAAUAAUGUGCAUCAUCCAAAAACUAGAAGAAACUACUACUCUUCUUGAGUACUACUUUUUUUUUAGUAGAAACUACUUGCCACACAAGACCCUGUUAAUGUCUGUAUGAGUGGAAACCCAGUUUGAUGAGUAUUCUCAGCUAAUGAUUCAGUACCUGGGGCUUUAAAUCAGGACGCAUAGAAAUAGCUGAUUGCCAUCAGGUUAAUCAACUUUUUACUA